CGUUCUGGCCGCCCCGGGCUCCGCGCGGCCCGGACCCAAGACUUCGCGCUGUUACAGGCCGCGAUGACGGACGCCGCUGCGACCGGUCACGCCUCGGGGCUCCUCGGCCGCCCUCGGCGGGAGCGGGUCGGGGUCGGGGCCCGGGCGUGCGGACUCCGUCUCCGUGCGACGAAGUCCCGCCGCGCCCCGCUCCCAUGUGCGUCGUGACCUCGGCGUGGCCGGCGCCGGGCCGGGCUGGGCUGUGCUGCCGCGGGCCGCUCCGAGCCCGGCCCUGCAGCCCCGGGCUCUGCCGCUCCCGGCUCCGCUCUGCGGGCAGGUGCCGCUCCCCCGCGCGCAGCGCAGCAGCCCCCGGCCUGGGCUCGGCCUCCUCGGGGCCUCCAGCGCCUGGGGGGUCCCGUUCCGGCGGGAUCCGGGGCAGGGGCGGCUGAGCGGAGCCUCCUCUGGCUCUUGCACGAGUCUUGGGGCGGGGAGUACGUGGCACUGGGCCCCUCUUCUCGGCCCUUCCCCUCUCUCAAAAAGGUGUGCGCUGCACUGACAGCUGCACUGAUGCUGGGCCUGCCACAGUCGGCUCCUCCCUUGCUGUUUCUCUCUCACAUUAAACAGGGGAGUGGGUUGGGGGACAGUGAGAGGAAAAAUUCUCCCUCAGCCCCAACUCUAAUCUUCCCCUGUGGGAAAUCCUGGGUGAGAAGAGGCUGCAGAGUCCCUGGAUGCAAACAAAUGCAGCCUCUGCCAGGCUAAGGCAGCGAGUUUAAGCGGAUUCCCCACCUCCUGCAGUAAGAACAUUAAGGCCCAGACAUCACAAGUGCAGGCACUGCUGGUUGGAGCGGCUGUCUGGCCUCAGCUUCUGGAUUAAUGGAAGUGGAAGGGAUGAAAUACCCGGGACUCGGCGAGGAAGGAGCCAGGCUGGCCUCUGGAGCUGGGACAUAAGGUUCUGUGGGCAAGACACAUUUGCUAAGCACGUUAGCACUCACUCUGCACUAACUUUGGUUGCCCAGUGGCUUUGCUUAGUCCUAGCACAGCACCUCUACAGCGGUGAAAAAGAUAUGGUCUUUGCUAUGUCAUCAGCUGCUGUAGGUGUAGUGAGAGCAUCCAGUGAAGUGAAGUGAAGGGCUGACUUUCUCCGAAUGUUCAGUUUUGUACUAGGUGACUUUCUUUGGUUGUUUUCUUUGACCCCUUUGGCCUCCAUUUCACUGUUAUUGGUCACACGGCCUUUUAUAUUUGUGUCAGUUCUCCUGUCCAUGAGUCAUGAGUCUCCCAUCCAUAGCUAGAUGCUGCAGGAGUUGGAACUACUACAUCACCCAUGACUGAAAAGCAAAGACCAGAGUUUUUAGAGAGAGGAGAGCUGUGCACACAGAUAGGGUGGGCUGCACCAGGUGGCACCUCUGCACCCGGGACGGUGGGACUGGUCACGUGUGUCAUGGCCUGGGCUGCCCCCUGUGCCUGGGCCAGGCCUGGUUGAGGGACCUGCCAUGGGCUGGUUAGAAUCCUUUGGCGGGCUGGAUCCAGCCCACGAGCCUUAUUUUGUCCACCCCUGGAUUAGACCCUUCUGGUUUCUAGACAAGAGCCUUCUCGGAAGGAGCAGUUUUCCACUAUGGUCGUCAGAUAAAUAGUGACUCAUGUCUGACUGCCUAUCUUUACAGAUGCUGCUGACAAAACUAAAACAGCAAAGCCAUUUGAUCUUUAGUCACUGCCAAUGAAACUGAAACAGUCUAAACUAGGCCGUCCAUGUACUGAAAAGGACAAAGUAUUCAUGGGGAUGAACACUUCCUUAAAGCUAAUCUUAAGCACUCUUUUCCCUAAAUGAACUCAUCGGUACGUUCCUGUACUUUUCCACAGAUAAUUGCUGGUGAGAUGUACACAUUUUGGCAGUAGUUUAAGGGGUUAACAAAUACUCACACUUGCACUUUGAAGUGUUUCUACAUAAUAAAACAUCAACCUCCAUUGGUUCACCUCUCUGUACAGUAGAUUCCAGUUCCAUAUGAGAGGUUUUCAUGAUGGAUCAGAAUCAACUGGGCAUGUAAGGGUUAGGAAGGAAUUUUUAAAUCAUAACCAUUCCCACAGGGUCUUGUGGAUCAGAUCCUGCUUGGAUCAGCAUUUUUGAUCUCUUCACACAUGCACUAAGAGACCACAGGAUCACUUCAUCUGUUGCAGAAGAGGUAGUUUGGCAAUAGUUUUCAGUUCCCAUGUUGCGGACAGUGCUCCUUUGUUACCUCUGGGCAUUCCGUGGGGUUGGAGAAGUGGGAUGUAGAGAAGCACAGAGAACUGCUGCAUAGAGAACACACCAACUGCUGCAGCUUCCUUAGCCUGACGAAGGGUUUUUGAACCCGAAAGCUUGCUCAAUAACUAUUCUCCAACCAUUUGGGUUGGUCUAAUAAAAGAUAUCAAAUUCACCCAAGGAACCUUGUCUGCAUAAAGAUGGACGCACUUAUUUUCCUGUAGCUGCUUUUCUUUAACAUUCAAAACUGAUCAGUCUGUGUUUGUGGAAUUACCCACAGCAGCAAGCUGGGUGUAAGUUGUCCAGGUGAAGAAGCCAAGAGAGGAGUGUCUGUCAGAAUUUGCAUGAAACAGAAUGGAGAAUGAUGAAGUCCCAGGGCAGGUGGCAUGCGCAGAAGAAUGCUCUUUUGUUCAUUAGAAAAAGACAAGUUUCAUUGGAACAGGUUUCCUACUGAGGUGGAGGAAUUUCCAUCCUUGGUGGUUUUUAAGGCCUGGCUUGACAAAGCUUUGGCUGAGAUGAUCUAGUUGGGGAUGGUCCUCCUUUGAGCAGGGGGUUGGACUCUAUGACCUCCUGAGGUCCCUUCUGACCCUAAUUUUCUAUAAUUCUAUGUUGCACAGGCCAGGGAGGCAAUUGCAAAAGGAUCUGUUGUGUGGUGGAGGGACUGAAGUGCCUCCUGGCCUAGUUUUUCUCUGGAGAAAUGACAGAAAUGUGCUGUUUACAGGAGGAGAGGGACUGGGGGAAAGCAAGAAAUAAACGUGCCAAACCUUGUGCCUGAGGACUAUUUCUAACGCUUCCACUGCUUCCCUGUGUCUUGGAUAAGUGCAGCUGAUUUGCUUCUCUCCACUGGCCAGGAGGCAAGUCAGGACAAGCUAGGAAAGCCUGUUGUCCCUAUGCAAAGUAAAAACUGGUCACUUGCCUCUAGCCCUCAGGAGAGAGCAGAGUCUUUUCGCAAGUCUCAUUACUGCCAGAACAAACCCUGUUCAGGGAUUUCAAGCAUAGUGACAGCAGAGCUGGGGCGGCAGAUGCUAAACUGUCCAGUUCACUGAAGUAGUUAUCCGCUGCGUGGUUACUGGGCCAGCAAAGAACUGCACAUCAGUUACUACUGAUUCCUUUUCUGCCCUUUGUGCAAAGGUGAAGCAUUUGGAUUUAUACAGUAGGAUUAUUUCCUUGUGUGCCAGUACACUGGUAGCAUUAACACUGCUCUGUGUUACCAGAAAUGUUCUGAGUAACCCAAUGCAACCAGCUGGGUUCAAAUAGAUACAAACUUUGGUAUUUCUAUCAAGGCAAUCCCAGAGCUGCACAGAUUUGGGGGGAGGGGGUGGCUCCUGGCAGUAGAUUUAAGCUUUUAUGAUUGUGUUGACUGUGGUACAAAAGAAACCUGUCUUACUGUCCUUGUGAUAUGAAAGAAACCUAUCCCUACUCUCCUGGCCACUUAAGAGUAGCCUUGGUACAGUAUGUACUGUCAUAAGACCAUUGUGAAUGCUCAUGUUUGACCUUGAUCCCAAGUUAUCCCAAAACUAUACACAAGUGGUCAAUGCUGACUGAGGGAGCAAUUGGGUGGUAGCUAUAAACAAGCUAUAAAAACCUAUCAAUGGAGGAAGGUGGUGCCCAAAUAGAACUUUCCCAAUUGAUACCGAUGCCCUGUAUAACUUCACUUUCUUCCCUUGGCACUUUGCAGCAUACCUGUCUCAAAAUACCAUGGCACGACGCACACGUAACAGCAGAGCCUGGCACUUUGUCCUGAGUGGGGUACGCCGUGAUACAGACAGCCGGGCAGUAGCUUUGGCCACUGGCACACAUGGCUGGGGCUACGAUUCUGACGGGCAGCACAGUGACUCUGACUCAGAGCCAGAGUUUCCUUCCCUCUCGCCAUCCAUCCCUAGCGCCAUCCCUGUGACAGGAGAGUCCUACUGCAACUGUGAGAACCAAAAUGAGACUCCGUACUGCUCCAGCCUGCACACCAUCCACCGCGUCAAGGACUGCCAGUGUGGCGAAGAGGACGAAUACUUUGACUGGGUGUGGGAUGACCUGAACAAAUCAACAGCAACCCUGCUGACCUGUGACAACCGCAAGGUGAACUUCCACAUGGAGUAUAGCUGUGGUACUGCUGCUAUCCGUGGAAACAAGGAGCUGGGAGAAGGACAGCACUUCUGGGAGAUCAAGAUGACCUCUCCUGUCUAUGGCACUGACAUGAUGGUGGGAAUCGGAACUUCAGAUGUCAACCUGGACAAGUACCGCCACACAUUUUGUAGCCUGCUGGGCAAGGAUGAGGACAGCUGGGGACUCUCAUACACAGGGCUUCUCCACCACAAGGGAGACAAAAUAAACUUCUCAUCACGGUUUGGCCAAGGCUCCAUUAUUGGGGUUCAUCUUGAUACGUGGCAUGGAACACUCACCUUCUUCAAAAACAGGAAAUGUAUAGGAGUUGCAGCUACCAAACUUCAGAACAAGAAGUUCUACCCAAUGGUAUGCUCCACUGCAGCCAAAAGCAGCAUGAAGGUGAUUCGCUCGUGCGCCAGCUGCACGUCCCUUCAGUACCUCUGCUGUUACCGCCUCCGCCAGCUGUUGCCUAACUACAUGGAUACACUGGAGGUGCUUCCAUUGCCACCAGGACUCAAGCAAGUUCUACACAACAAGCUGGGCUGGGUCCUGAGUAUGAACUAUAGCACAUUGAAGCCUUCCUCCUCGUCAUCAGGAAGCGACUCAGAUAGCUCCUGUGGCUCAGAUGCAGAGGCAUGCCAGAGGAAGAGGUGCAGGAGGACAUAACUUAUUUCCAAAUAAACUGCUUUGUGGGACUUUGGGUGGGGUAUUGUUUUACUCUCUCCAUGGCAAUCCAGGCCAAGCAUCUCCCUCUUUAUGGGACAUAAACUUCUACUCAAGUUUGCAAAGACAGAAGCAUCAACCACUUGCAUUGAAAAUAUCUAGCAACUCAGAGAGCAACUCCUUCGAAACAGACAGCCCAGAUAAUCCACAGCAAAAUGUUCUAACUUAAUCUACUUGCCACCAAAGUGACUAACUCUUCUCAGGGGAGUACACUUGUUUGGCAGACAAGUUUUCAAACUGGCUUCCUGAUUUCAAAGUAUACUUCUAGCAAACUAUAAUCAAAUAACCUACUUGAUUCCCAUUAAAAGACAAAAUUUGUUACCACUCCACCUUUCUAGCUGCUGUAUGCUGGUCCAGUAAUUGCAAUAAAUGUACUGCAAUGUUGGGACCUGAUCAAAACAGCAGUGUUUAGAGAAAGAAGCUCCUAAAAAUGCAUCUACAUGCAUUGUCAUUGGUAACUGAGAGCAAGUACUUGUAAAUUGAGCUGUAAGGGUUCUCAUUUGAGCUCUAUGAUGACUUUAAUUGCUUUGCAUGUUGGCUACUGCAGCUUCUAUAUCAGACUGUAUUAAAUUGUAAUAAAAAUAUAAACUAUUCUUAA